AUGCGGUUAGCAAUGUUAGCGUUUACGCUAACGCUAGCCCUUUUCCCUGGUGAAAUCGUUGGGGACAGAACCGCUCGUGCUACCCACGAUCUCGUCACCAAUCUGCCUGGUGUGACUUUCGUCACGAAUUUCCAGCAGUAUGCCGGCUAUCUGAAUGUCACCGCUAAUUCCAACGUCGAUGACGCUUCGGUUUUCUAUUGGCAUAUUGAGUCGCAGAACAAUCCGAGCACAGAUCCACUGAUACUGUUCAUCAAUGGUGGCCCAUCAUGCAGUUCGGUAGCGGGUAUGAUGGAAGAGAUCGGCCCAUUCCGUGUGAAUGCAGACACAACUACACUGGCUGAAAAUGUCUUCUCAUGGAAUAAGGUGGCUAACCUGCUCGUUAUCGACCCACCAAAUGUGGGAUUUUCACCAGAACCGAGAUGGGGUAAAAAGAACGACGACGAUCUUGUAACGUCAACGCUGGAAGCUGCUCUUAGCGAUUUCUUCACUGUUUUCCCAGAAAAGCUCACAAACCGAUUUUACAUAGCAGGGGAGGGUUAUGGAUCGGUCUACGUUACCCGUAUUGCUUAUUUGCUCCUCCAGAAAAUGAGUAUCGGUAAAUCAAAUGUAAAUCUACAGGGUCUCAUAAUCGAAAAUGGAGUAUUGAGUGUGCCGACGGAAUUCAAUACCAUACUACCUAUUGCCUACACACACGCCUUUGCAGGAAAAGAUCAAUGGGAUGAUUUGCGUUCUUCCUGCUGUCAGAAUCAGUCGAUCAUGGCCUGCGACUUCUACAACAGUCCCGAUCCCAUAUGUCAGAAUAAGUCUCGAACCGCAUUCCAGGGAUGGAUCGAUCAAACGGUCUACUCAUACAACAUGUACCAAGACUGCUAUCGUAAUACAAACAAUCUCAGAAGGAUGAUUAAUGCUAUGGGAUUCGAUAUGGCUGUCACAAACAAUUAUGGCUCAACGGAUCCAUGGAAUGGCUAUCCAUGUAGGGCAGAUAGUAGUACUCAAUCGUAUUUGAGUCAGUUUGCCACUCAAGCAGCUCUUCAUACCAACAUGCAGUUGUAUUCGACUUGCGCGAAUAUUCCUUACGGAACAACGACAACAGAUCUGACCGUGGAUCUAUCGAACAUCAUCAAUCACAACCUGUACAAAAGUCGUAAUAUGUCGGUUGUAUUCUACAAUGGAGACUUGGAUACAGUGAAUAACUUUUUGAGUGCACAGAAUUUUCUACGAAAAUUCAGCAGCGUUCAAGGACUGACGGUCACAAGGGAAGACACUUGGAGAGCAAACUAUAAUCGAAGUGUCUAUAUGGAUAUGGAAGGUGGAUUGCGGACCACAUAUUCAGGGAACAUUGACGUCCUGUCUAUCAGAGGAGCUGGUCAUUUUGUGCCGAAAUCUCGUCCUGCCCAGGCAUUGCAAGUGAUUCGCAACUUCUUGAAUGGCUUCAGCUACGAUAACUGUCUGCAGUUUGUGAACCUUGCAGCCGCACCGCUUCUAGCCAAUUACAGCUACUUGAACCCAGCUGUUUCGAGAAGGGAUGCUGACAGAAUCACUGAGCUACCAGGGCUAACGUUUGAACCAAACUUCCAACAGUACUCUGGAUAUCUACGUGGUUCAGACAAACACCGUCUACAUUACUGGUUUGUCACUUGUCCUACAGAUGGUCCAGACGUUCCAGUCUUGCUUUGGCUGAAUGGUGGUCCUGGAAGCAGCUCUGUCUGGGGAAUGCUGACUGAGAAUGGACCAUUUCGACCAAAUCGUGAUGGAAAAACACUCUUUGAAAACGUCUAUUCAUGGAAUAGGUUCGCUCACGUUCUCUACUUGGAAGCACCGCAUAAUGUAGGCUACUCCUAUUCCACGGAACCUAACGACAAUGCUUACACUGACGAUCAGACAGCCGACGAGAAUUACAAUGCACUGAAAGACUUCUUUUCAAUGUUUCCCGAAUAUGCAUCAAGGGAUUUCUUCGUUACUGGUGAAUCAUAUGGUGGUGUCUAUAUUCCGACACUUUCCCGACGAAUCUUGAACGGCAUCUAUACAGAGGAUCUGAACAUAAACUUUAAGGUAAUUUCUCAAUAA